CGUAGGAUGCAAUGAUGUGGAAAGAAUAUGGUUCUUCUAAGGAAUAUAAGCGUCCGAUUCGGAAGGAUGGUAGAGACUAGACUAGUGCUGCUUUUCUUCAACUUCCCCUUCUAUUUCUAUAGAAAAGACUCAAAAAGAGAAAGAGAGAUAAAUAGAAGAUGAGAGAGGAGGCUAAAGAUAUGAGCUUUCAGAAUGAUAAUCAAACUCUACUGAACGGUGACGCCACGAAAGUCUCUAGCUCUAUAUUUUCAUCUCUCUUGGCCUCUAAUGAUCGUGAUUAUCUUCUUUCUUCCACUAGCAACCAGGUGAGGAUUUCUGCUCUUGAUGGGAAGAUAGUUGGGCUCUACUUCGCAGCCAACUGGUAUCGGCCAUGCCGGGAAUUCACCCAAGUUCUGGUGGAUGUUUAUGAGCAGCUGAAGAACAGUGGGUGCGUUUUUGAGAUAGUGUAUGUAUCGUCGGAUGAAGACUCUGAUGCCUUUAACGCCUACCUUGCGUGCAUGCCAUGGCUUGCAAUUCCAUUUUCUGAUUUGGAGACCAAGAAAGCCUUAAACCGAAAGUUCGAUGUAGAAGGUAUUCCUUGCUUAGUUAUUUUACAUCCUAAUGAUACCAAGGACGAGGCAACCUUGCAUGAUGGGGUUGAACUUGUUUAUCGCUACGGGGCGCAAGCCUUCCCUUUUACUAAACAAAGGUUGGAGGAAUUGGAGAAAGAAGAAAAAGAGAGGCAUGACAACCAGAACUUGAUCGAUUUACUAACAAACCAUGAUAGAGACUAUCUUUUGGGUCAUCCAAGGCCUGAACAUGUACCGGUUGCUUCCUUAAUAGGUAAAACAAUUGGGCUGUUCUUCUCAGGACAAUGGUGUGUCCCAUGCGUUAAGUUCAUCCCCAAGCUUAUAUCCAGCUACCACAAGAUUAAGCAAAUGGUAGCUGAUAAUCAAGGCGAGGAUUUUGAGGUUGUAUUUGUAUCCAGUGACCGUGACCAAGCAUCUUUUGAUUCCUACUUCAACACUAUGCCGUGGCUUGCACUGCCUUUUGGAGACCCAAACAUCAAAAACCUUGCCAAGCAUUUUGAUGUCAAAGCUAUACCUUGUUUGGUAAUUUUAGGACCUGACGGGAAAACCGUAACCAGACACGGUAGAAAUCUGAUAAACUUGUACCAAGAAAAUGCGUACCCGUUCACUGACGCCAAAUUGGAGUUAUUAGAGAAGCAAAUGGAUGAAGCGGCCAAGGACCUGCCUCGAUCUGUAUCCCAUGCUGGGCAUCGACACGAACUGAAUUUGGUCUCGGAGGGCAAUGGUGGAGGACCCUUUAUAUGCUGCGAUUGUGAUGAACAAGGAACGGCUUGGGUUUAUCAGUGCCUUGAAUGCGGAUACGAGGUGCAUCCCAAAUGUGUGAGAGUUGCCGCAGUGGAUCGGUAGGCAGCCAUUUGUGGAAAUUGUAGGGUCGUGUUUGGCUUCUGCUGAUGAUAUAUUUGUCGCUAAUUGUGUGUGUUGGUGAUAUGCACCGGUUGGUACCUGUUGUAUUAUCUGAUUACUGUUUGUUAAUUAGUUUAAAGGAUGAGAUUCCCUCGUUGAUCCCAUUAUCUCUAUAGAAUGUGUUCCCGAUCAACUUGGGACUUUUGACUGUUUCUAAGCCAUGUAUAACAUAUUUACCGCUUACAAGAGUUACGAGUAAAUACUCUGUUUCAAGCAGAAUCUUUUCAGUCUA